AAUUCAUACAGGAGUUACGGUGUGUACAAUGGCGGACGUUCAAGAGCGCAGCAUCGAGUACCACGACCAAGGCACUGAUCUCGAGGGCUUCCUCGCCGAGCCAGCAGCAACCUACGCUGUCGGAUCAAAGCUGCCUGCCGUGCUCAUCAUCCACGACUGGAAGGGUCUCGGCGAGUACCCGAAGAGCCGCGCACGACAGCUCGCUCGCUUGGGCUACGUUGCGUUUGCGCUCGACCAGUACGGCAAGGGCAUCUACGCCAAGGACCAUCAGGAGGCGGCCGCUCUCUUGGCUCCCCAUACCAAGGACUCCAACUACGCUGUUGGACGCACCAAGGCUGGCCUGCAGCAGCUGCUCAACCAUCCUCGCGUUGAUGCGUCCAAGAUUGUCGCGAUGGGCUACUGCUUUGGCGGCGCCUGCGUUCUGGAGCUCGCUCGCCACGGCGGCCCGGUCGCUGGUGUUGCCAGCUUCCACGGCGGUGUGAAGAGCUGGAGUGGAGUGUCGAGCGCCAACAUCAAGUGCCGCGUUGCUGUUUUCAACGGCUACGACGAUCCGCGUGUGACUCGCGAGGAUAUCCAGAAGGUCACACAGGAAAUGUCGGAGGGCAAAGUCGAUUUCACGUUCGUGGACUUUGGCAACACGGUGCACGCCUUCACUGUGCCUGGCGCAGGCGGUGCUCCCCACCUCCGCUACACGGAGACUGCAGACCUCCAGUCCUUUGCAUUCUUGGAGUUUUGGCUGCGCGAGACGUUCGGGGGUGUCGCUGCUCCUGCAGCUGCCUGCUGCGCCUCGGAUGCUGCUCCUCAAGCGAGCUGCCACUGAAACAAGCAGGCUGAGCGUUUUGCUUUCAAGCAUCUGAACUAUUUGCUCAACUGCAGCUGCAUCUUUUCCGGUCUUAUGAUAUCGUUGUGAUGGUUGAAAUUGCCGCUUGAACCAAAAAUUCACCAUUGAUCCACUUCCAAUGAUGAUUGCGCAUGUCACCC